ACGACUGGCCAAUCCGUUACGCUGACGCAGUCUGUGAUAGUAAAGUCGAACGUCACUGCACAGUUGAAUUAUAGGACGCACUAAAUAGAAUCUCAACUCAAGGGAGUGUUGACUUAAAUGUUAUAUUGCUUAGCUAACUCGAGGGGCUGAUCAUCCAGCCUCCAUCUACAAGUUAUGUAGAAGUUAUGCAGUUGAAUUAUGGAAUCAACGUCAGGCUGGUUUGCUUUAAGGAUAGGGUCUUUAAACGUGUUUAACAACAACUUUCCUAUUUUGGUCAAGAAAAUUGAGUGAGGGUAAGUUGGCUUGAGCGUUAAGGAAAAGUUAUACACGAAGGAAUUUAAUCCGGUUUUAAGAAGCUCGUCUGCUGAGACAUUUGCCCUGUACUUUGCAUACUGUAUGACUACAGUAAGUCCGUGGCUUUUCCCCUCUAGUAUUGGAUGGACCAGCGAUUCACUUCUAUCCCAACUGCAGUGCCAUCAUGAUUUUAUUGGUCCUAUUUUCUCUACUGUUGGGCAAUGGAAUGACAAUAACCCCAUUGUAUCCUGCUGACACUUUUGGCAUACCAUUGCUGCGGACUUUAUCAAGUCUGAAAAGUGCUGCAUACCAAGAAGAGGAUAGAAGUAUAUCUAGAGACUUAGAGGUAGCGUUUAACAUAGGAUUAUUUGCGCUAUAUGCGAUGGCCACACCUUUUAUAGAUUCUGUAGUUGCACUCUGUGUCGUCACCCCUUCUCUUUGUUCCAUUAAGAGCAACGGAAAUUCGAUUGCAACAGUCAACCCCCUGAUGGUUAAUGCAAAUUUAAGAAAUUUGGCAGGUGGUCAUCCCAAUCUGUUGAUCCCCUUCGCUCUUGAUCGUGAGCAACAAACCAAUUACUUCAAAUUCUCAAAUCUUUACCCACCAGCAAUGGUUGACAAUGAUGCUUACCCCGAUUAUCCAACACCUUCAUUUGCCAUUGUUGCCCCUUAUUUAAUGAAGGACCAAUUCCUUCCCGCUAUGCGCCACAACUUAAUGGUGAAUUUCGCCCAUCAUCCUCUUUCCAAAUUUUACAAUGUCGUGGAUACAGCAUUAGAUGAUCUUGAUGAUCCUCUUUCAUGAUGAGACGUAAUCUGUGAUGUGGACAUUUACCAGUGGCCCAUAUUAGCUCCACAAAUGAACGAGUUAUAAUAAUGUCAAUACAUUCGAUGUGUUUUUUUUUUUU